UUCAGGUCUAAUUCUGGAGAAAAGGAAAGUCAGUCACGUUGUUUGCAUGGAAAAUUGACACCGAAACUUUGUAUAGGAUGCGCAUGCCUCUAUUUUAUACCCCAUUCUCUAUUCGAAGGGCACUGCGUAGUAAUCUGUUCGCAGUCGAUAGUGCGAAGAAGCAACUGGGCCGCGAGCAUCGAUUCCACGAUUCUACACUUUUAGAUAGCUCAAGUGUACAGUCUUCCUUCUUCUUGCACAACAUACGAGUACAUAUUACGCGAGUAAUGUCUGACCCUAUCAACGCCAAUCCAACUAUCAUCGACGUGUCCAGCUUGCCCACCAGGCUAGAUACGCUUAGUAAAGAAAAGGACGCGAAGCGAGAGUUGGUUGAUAGAAUUCUUUCGCUUUCGCUAUAUCCACAAAUCAAUAGCGUGGCACCCCCAGACGAGGUACCUGAACUUAUUUCUGAAGGCGAGCUCAGCGCUACUAGCGACGAGGAGCUUGACUUUGAUGAGGAUGACGAGGACGAGGAAAUCAUCGAUGCGCAAGAAAUUUUUGACUUGAUUGCCACCAUUUCCGACCCUGAGCACCCGCUCACGUUGGCUCAGCUUGCAGUGGUAAACCUUUCAGACAUCACGGUGACACACGGGACCGACAAGAAGCGCGACAUUUCUGAGGUCUUGAUCAAAAUCACGCCCACCAUCACCCAUUGCUCGUUGGCCACUUUGAUUGGGUUGGGAAUUCGCGUGCGUCUUGAGAGGCUGCUCCCCCCAAGAUUCCGGAUCCGGAUAUUGAUCAAGGAGGGCACGCACCAGUCGGAAAACCAGGUCAACAAGCAGCUCAAUGACAAGGAACGAGUGGCCGCUGCAUGUGAAAAUGACCAGUUGCUCUCGGUGAUUCUGCAAAUGCUCAGCACAUGCAAGUAA